AUGGCGCAUUCGGCCGCAGUCAUCGGAUCCACCGGCCUUGUCGGAUCCCACAUCCUCACCAACCUCAUCACCUCUGAGGCCUUCGCCGCCGUCAACACCAUCUCACGCCGCCCGCCCAAGGCCGGCGGCCUCACGCUGAAGCCCAUUAUCGAGCAGGAUACCUCAGCCUGGCCACCCAAGUUGGCCGCCCUGCAGCCGCUCCCUACCGUCGUCUUCUCGGCCCUCGGUACCACGCGCGCCGCUGCAGGCAGCAUCGCCGAGCAGUGGAAGAUUGACCAUGACCUUAACAUCGAGCUCGUCAAGGCCGCAAAGACGGCCGGCUGCAAGGCCUUUAUCUUCAUCUCGAGCGCCGGCACCCGAGGCGCCCUCUCAGCCCAAGCGCCCUACAGCAAGAUGAAGAACGGUGUCGAGGAUGCCAUCAAGGAAGCCGGCUUCGACCACGGAAUUAUCUUGAAGCCCGGCAUGAUCCUUGGCCAGCGCGAGGAGAGCCGUGCCGCCGAGGGCAUCUUCCAGAGCGUCAUCAGGACCCUUGGCAUGGUCAGUCGCAACAUCCAGGACAGCAUUGGCCAGGAAGCCGAGGUCAUUGCUCGCGCCGCCGUGCAUGCAGCUGUUCUUGUGGAGCAGGGCAAGGCGCCGGCCGGAGUGUGGGAGAUUAGCGGCGCCGAGAUUGUGCGGCUUGGGCGGACGGAGUGGAAGCACGGCCCUUGGCCCCGCUCUUAG